AUGCGUCCAGGAAGAAAGAUCCUCAAGGGAAGACAGACGCCCAAGGCAGUGUCGAGAGAGAAAGAGGAAAUGGAGACCGUGGAAGUCCUCUGCGUGGAUAAUGUCCAGUGUGAGCUCUGCGCCAUGAACGAAGAAGUCACAGCGGCGGGCCGGGGAGCCUCUGAAGCCCCCAGCCCCUCCAGGGCAUACAAAACCAUUGAGGAUGAUGACUUGAAGUUUCCCCUUAUAUAUGGAGAAGGCAAGAAGGCCCGGGUAAUGGCAACUAUUGGCGUAACAAGGGGACUUGGGGACCACGACCUGAAGGUUCAUGACUCCAACAUCUACAUAAAACCAUUCCUGUCUUCAGCUCCAGAGGUAAGAGUCUACGACCUCUCCAAAUAUGAGCAUGGAGCAGAUGACGUGCUGAUCUUGGCUACUGAUGGACUCUGGGAUGUUUUGUCAAAUGAAGAAGUAGCAGAAGCAAUCACUCAGUUUCUUCCCAACUGUGACCCAGAUGACCCUCACAG